AAGAGGUGCUUAGCAGGAUGUCCAACAGCAGCUUAACCCAGCAGAAUCAUUCCUUGAUCAGCACAGUGCCAGACAUCUCAGACAGGCUUCGCUCUACUCUCAUAAUCCUGUACAGCAUUGACCUUGCUGGGGGUACUCUUGGUGUCAUUGUGAUGUCUCACCAGUUGUUUCAAAGAAGAUCCCAAUCCACGAUGAUUAUUAUCAUAAUCAACCUCCUAGUGCUGCACAUCUUUCUGCUACUCAGCAUCCCCUUCCGCCUCAGCUAUUACAUUUUACAGGAAUGGAAAUUCGGGACAUUCAUUUGCAAGCUAGUAAGUGCCACCGCCUACCUCCAUAUGUACAUCACCUUCACCUUUUAUGUCGCUAUCAUCGUAAUACGCCUCUUCCAACUUGAGUUCAACAAGUGCCACACUACAAUUUGGGUGACAGCUGUCUGGAUACUAGGAGCACUGGUGAUUGCUCCUGUUUUUCUCACUUACUAUGGCACCUCUAGAACAUACCCUUCCUCUCAAUGUUUUCACUUCCAGAAGGAAAUGGAAGAGACACCCAUGGUGGUAGUAAACUACUGCUUGGUUGGAGUUCUACUGGCAGUUUGUGGCUUGCUCACUCUACUCCAGUUAUCUGUGAUGUGCAGACUGACUGUGAAAUACUGGCCUGACAUCAACUCCCAUGUGGAAUUCAGGGCUCAGGCAAAGAGUUUCUUCUUCAGCUUGGUAACAAUAGUGUGCUUUAUGCCUCAUCAUAUAUUCAGAAUAUAUUACAUUCAAAACUUGCACCUGGAUAAAGACCAUAAACUUCUUACAUACAAUGAAAUUUUUUUAGCUUUAACAACGAUGUGCUGCUUGGAUAUGUUGUGCUUCAUAGCAGGCAUAGCCCACUGAACUAAGAACUAUCAGGAAAUCCAACUAAUAGUGUGUCAGUUCCGGCUCUUGGCAGAAAAAAACUGUGUCAACUGCUGAGUUUUCAGCACAGCUAUAUAGGAUUGCAACAGUCUGCCUUUUACAGGCUAGAAAGAUGCAUCUUUCAGAAGAUACUAUUUUUCACCUUCUCCCUUGAAGGCAGGCGGAUUAACCGUACUUUGGACUUUGACCUAGAUGUCAUGCUGUGAAUCUUCAUUAAGAUUUUCCUCAGCUGUCUCUCUCUAACCAUUGCAGGACAACUAUACAUCCCUUUGUCUUUUUUUCCUCAGAGCAUCUCAGUAACAAGCCAUUGUGUCUGAUAAAUUGUCCACUGUGUAAAUCUAACAAUUUCUUUUGACAGCUGUGAUACCAAUGGAAAGAGGAAAGAAAGACAUUUCUUAACAGUAUUUUUCCACGAGGGAUUUUAGAUAACAAGGGCGUAAACUGUACUAAAAAAUAUAUUCAAGGCAUGAAACAGGGCAUGAAUAUAAAAAUUUAGCAGAGUAUUUUAGAAGAAGCUUCUUUUCUUCACCUCUACCACGCAUGUAUUAAACCAAAUGAAAGCAUUUAAGAUUUUAACAACUUCAUUUUUACUUGCUUCAUUUAAAAGAUACAAGCAGCCCCUGAAUCGUAGUACUUAUACCUCUAGAAUCAGCAAGAGCUGAACAGGUCACAGGUUUCAAAAAACUACUGUUUUGUGUUAAUCUUCCAACAGGACUGAACUGGUGGCUGUUUUUCUCUAAAUCUGUCGCAGCUACUAUGGCUCCCUGCCCAUAACCAGAGCUAGAAUUCAAGAUUGGGGCUUCAGUUCUCCACUGAAGGAUCAACUGCUCUCUGACACGGGGAAAUAUUCUAUCAGAGUUCCAAAAAACUUUGAUCAGAAAAAGUCUUUGAUGUCUGGUCACUUUCAUUUGCAUGUUAUUUAUUAUCAGAUGCCAUAUUUUUCCAUUUAUGGAUGUAACAAAGCAAAACCAGAAUAAACUAACUGAACUGCAUUUAAUCAGUUCAACAUAUGUUCCUGCAAGUGUAUAUAAACUUUCAAUGGGGUGUAUAUUUUUUUCCAUUAGCUGGAUUAUAUUAUUUGUGACCUAUGAAAAGUGGAAGUAAACAUUUGAGUCUUGCACUUUCAGG